AGGGAACGAGUGUAACACAGAAUUGUGAGGUGAAGGCAGUGUCUUUGUCCUAAGUGUUUGUCAUAAGUCCAUCUCGUUUUGUGUCAUUGCAUUCUGUCCACUACAAAUACCUCGUUUUAUUAUACUAUAUACGGGCCGUUAGCGUUACUGCAUCAGCCAUUCCACGACAUACCAGAAACAAAAUGACGGUUGUGCUCUCCUCAAAGUUCGGACUGGAUGAUGUCAACGCUAGCGCCAUCGCAGAUAAGCGUGUGCUCAUGCGAGUUGACUUCAACGUGCCGCUAGACAAGGAAACAAACUCAACGGUGAAAGACGAUACUCGGAUCAAAGCAGCACUACCGACGAUCCAGAAAGUACUGGAGUAUAAGCCGAAAUCGCUGGUGUUGAUGUCACAUCUCGGCCGACCUGAUGGUCGAGUGCAGGAAAAAUAUUCCCUGAAACCGGUUGUCGGUUGCCUGGAGAAGAUGCUCCCGGGACAGUCCGUUGCUUUUGUGCCGAGUGCGGUCGGUGAAUUGGAGAAGAUGCAACCUUUACCGGAGGUCGCGCUGCUCGAAAACCUUCGCUUCUUCGUGGAGGAAGAAGGCAAGGGGGUACACAUCACGUUCGCUUUCCUGCUUCUGGCGUACGUCGCUCUUGUUUGCAUUCCUCGUCCACUUCAUAUAAUUACGCUUCUCUGAUGUCUGGAAACUCUGUUCAAUGAGUGUCUUCCAUCCUCAGUUACCGUCUGUCGUUCUUUUGCGAUUGCCGUAAUCACUCGUACCCUCUCCUAUGCGACCUUUUGUACACACAAGGUCGACGCAGACGGUAACAAGACGAAAGCAUCGUCGGAUGAUGUCACGAAAUUCAGGAGUGCGUUAUCGAGCUACGCGGAUAUCUAUAUCAAUGACGCGUUCGGAACUGCGCAUCGAGCUCACAGUUCAAUGGUCGGCGUCGAUUGCCAGGUGAAGGCGGCUGGACUCCUCAUGAAGAAGGAGCUAGACUACUUUGCGAAGGUAAUCAUUCGUUGUCUCCCGCACGUCUUGAGAUGUAAUUCCGUGCCUGCACUAGUCGUGAUGAAGUCGCAAGCUCUUACUCUGAGUAAAGCACAACACUGACUUGCUCUUGCCUUUUCCUCAUGUCGUACAAACAUGAGAAGAUUUAUCUUCCAUAUCCGUCCAACACCUUACACCCAGUAAACCACUUCUUUCUCUCAAAGGCCCUUGAAUCACCCGCGCGACCAUUUUUGUCUAUCUUGGGUGGAGCAAAGGUGAAGGACAAGAUUCAGCUCAUCAUGAACCUUCUGGAUAAGGUCGACUUGAUGAUCAUUGGCGGUGGCAUGGCCUACACGUUCAAGAAAGUUAUGUCAGGCAUGAGCAUUGGUAUCAACGUUCACGUUCAGAUACUAGACAUAUAAAAAAGUGCAUGAUCAUUUGGGUUUGGCGAUGAACGUACUUACGAGCAUUUAAGCAAUUUAGUCGUAGAUGUCGAGGAAAUACUUGGUUUCGCGAAUUCAAGUCUUGGAUACCGCCACCAAUCUACUCCCGCACCUUACCUUCCUCAGGCACAUCUCUCUACGACGAAGAGGGUGCAGCAAUUGUUCCAGAAAUUUUGAAGAAAGCGGAGGAAAAGGGAGUAAAAAUCCAAAUUCCUACGGAUUAUCUCUGUGCUGAUAAGUUCGCUGCAGAUGCUGAGAUGAAAGCAGCUGAUGACUCUACUGGUAGCAUUUUCUUUCACUUGUCUUUCUGGUCUUGAGACCUCAUCUUUUAGUUGUACUAGUCCCAGAGCGCAGUCGCGCUGAGUACAUUUUUUCAUCACCUCCACCCGGAAUUCGCCUCUAUAUACCAACAUAAUUGAAGAGCCUCAUCGUCCUAUAAACAACAUAUAAUUCUCCACCUCCUCGCUGACGCCACCAGGCAUCCCAGACGGGUGGAUGGGUCUCGACUGUGGUCCGAAGUCUAUCGAGGCCAACAAAGCGAUGAUCAUGACAGCGAAGACGAUUGUUUGGAACGGCCCUCAAGGAGUCUUCGAAUUCGAGAACUUUGUUAUGGUGAAACUUUAGUUAGCAUUCGGUGAAUCAAGCCGGUUCGUUUCUUUUGUACAACAACUGGAGAGCCGAACCACCAUUGAAUUCAAUUUUGACGGUUGUAAGUGUACUAUAGAUACAGAACAACUACGUACUCCAGUGCAUCAAAACCAAAGGUGCAGAUGGCAUCUAAUCCCGGCUUGUCUUCUACCCUCAAGACACCAACCCCUCUAAGGACCCCAAAGGCUCUCUCUCUAUGCUGGACGCCGUUUGCGAGGCCACGAAAGCCGGAGCUUGCAGCAUUGUCGGUGGAGGAGAUACAGCUAGCCUGGUGGAGAAUGCUGGUCGUGCUGGCGAAAUCUCGCACGUCUCUACUGGUGGAGGAGCGUCGCUCGAACUGUUGGAAGGCAAGGUGCUGCCAGGAGUGGCCGCCUUGAGCGACAAAUGAUUCUGACUCUUCGAUAUGGAGGUAGACUAGGGGAUCGAAGUUGGGUCGACCUUUAGUUACUCAUUGAAGUUGAAGAUACAAGAUGUGGACGGUUAUAGAUAUAGAUAACUGCCUAGCAGUAACAUUUUCCAAGUAGAUGGUAGAUAUUAGAAACUACCAUGGAGGUAGUGAUUACUCUCGGGAAAAGAGUAAAACGCAUGAUCAAUAAAGCAAGUUGGUCAUACAAGAUUACUACAGCACGGUGGAGCGGAUCAUGAAAGAUUCCAAUUUUCCAAGCAAAAGAACUGCUGCCAAACCUCUUCUGAAUCAGCCACCAAGGUUGCUCACGAACUUCUCUAUGAAAAACAACUCAACGGCGACCACCGAAAAAAUGUGAAAAGAGUAGAAGCUUUUAUACAUAGCUAUCGAGGACAUUCAUCUUCAAUUCAUUGACCAAGAAUAUCCACACCAAUGUGAAAUUCAUCCAGGAGGAACACGACUUUCGCCGAUAACUAGGAAUUCUUCGCUGUUCUGGUUCCGUGCAGUCCUGAGGUGGAAAGUGGC